GCGCGGCGCGGCGCCAUGGGCGACGCCAUGGCCCUGUCGAGCUCCAACUCCAAGACGGCGGAGCUGGACGCGCCGCUCCACGCCCUCGGAUUCGAGAUCGAAGAGGUCUCGCCGUCGCGGAUGACCGGCCGCCUCGUCGUCACGCCCAUCUGCGUCCAGCCGUUCAAGGUGCUGCACGGCGGCGUGUCGGCGCUGAUAGCCGAGGGGCUGGCCAGUAUGGGGGCGCACAUAGCCUCGGGCUACAACCGCGUCGCCGGCAUGCAGCUCAGCAUCAGCCACUUCCGGAGCGCCGCCGUCGGGGACACCAUCCUUGCGCGUGCCGUACCCGUCCACAUCGGCCGCUCCACCCAGGUAUGGGAGGUAAAGCUAUGGAAGAUGGAUACAUCCAAACAGGGGGAAGAAUUUCAAAUCGCCGAAGCGAGGGUCACACUCCUGUGUAAUCUACCGGUCCGAAAUGAGCUGAAAACUGUAGGGGAAUCUUUUAGAAAAUACUCUAGACUGUAAACUCUCCCGACAAACUUGAUAUGGGAUUAUCCAUUGAUCUAUGAGUCUGUAAAACUAUUUCUUAUAUGUUUCUUAUUUUUAUCUUAUACCUACACAAAUGGAUUCUACUGAAAAGAAUAAUCUUCGUAUGUGUGUUUGAAUGUUGCAGUAUGUAAUUACAUGUGAUUAAGUAUGUCAUAAUGUGACUCCUUUUUGGAUAUUGUUAUU